UACCUUCAGUUUCCAAGAAACUUUCAGUUAUUUUUGCAUCACACUCUCAUAUCUCACUUGCGGGACAUCGUCAACAUACUACUGGUAUAAAGAUGGACAAUGGCAGCCUUCACGAUGAGUGCGAAGUCCCAAUAGCUCAUGCAGAUCGGAAAGAAAUCAAAGUCUUGGGUGCUUGGAGAGUCCAUAUUUUCUGGGCCAAUAUUGUCUUCGCUUUCAUUGCAGUUGCCGGACAGGUUGGACAAAGUGUAAGCCUUCCUCUGUGGCUGGCUGCAGCAGAAAGCGAAAGAGUACACGCAAACUCAACAAGCUYUUCGGAGGGAAAAAUGGACGCAUACUUCGUCUUAUCUUUCGCUAGCUUAUUUUUCGUUGUUGCUUUUGGAGUGAUGAUGGUUGUGAUAAGAGCGUUUCUCCCACAAAUGCUUGGACAAACGGAAAUAAUCUUUCCACACAGGCUUUUGAUUGCAGUUGGUGUGUGUGACGCUUUGAAUGGUGCACUGGUUGUCUUUGCAAGUCCACCAAACAGGACGGCUCCAUAUCUACAGGCUAUCUUGGGUAACUUUAUGAUCCCUCUGAUAAUCCUUAUAAGAGUAAUCAUUCUCAGGAAGCGACCUACAUUACGAAAGUUCAUCUGUGGGAUGGCUGUAUUGUUGUCUCUGUUCAUCUGCUUGCUGCCAUCGAUUUUUCCUAAGCAUCUUGAACCAAAGAAACCCCAGGAAUCAGGAGAAGGAGCAAGUGGCGCGAAGGGAGCUUUGUGGGCCCUUUGUUUCAUGAUUGGAUUUGUUCCCGCGGCCGUGAUGAACGUAGUGGAAGAAAAAGGCCUCAAGAUGCAGAACGUCAUGUCCAGACGUGGCGUGAAUAUCGUCUAUUUUCUUUUCUGGGAGUCUGUUUAUCAGCUGUUAGCAGUAAUGGCUCUCUUCUGGGUGGAUAUCAUCCCUAGCUAUGGAUUUGCCAAGAACAUUUCCCAAUUCGGCAAAAACUGGUGGUUUGGUUUGCGAUGUUUCUUUGGUACAGCUGGGUGCAACAGCAAACCAGGUGUAAGGGGAACUGUGUUUGUAGUGAUGUACAUGUUGUCCUACCUUGGUGGCGGCUUACUCUUGAGAUACUCCGAGGGUGCUACUCUAUUAGCUAUCGUAACUGCUUUGGUUACUCCACUUGCUUUUCUCUUCUGGACUCUAUUCAAAGCAGAGCCAUUCAAAUUUCAUCCAGAAGCUCAUAAUUCUACAUAUUUUAGUAUUGGUGCACUGGUGAUCAUGAUACCAGCCCUAUACCUUUAUAAUACAGGAGCUCCAGAAGUUGAUCUUGAGAUAAGCCGAGGCCAUAUGAUUCACAGCAACACAAGUCCUGAGCCAUCAGAAGAGGAUCCUCUUAUCAACAAGACCCAGCCAUAACUAUAAAUAAAAGAACCUCUAUAUACGAUCAAUAAACAGAGGAAGAAGAAGAUCCUACGGUAGUUGACAAAAAAUAACUUCAAUAUUUUAACUCUCUUGCGAAAUUGGUUAAUUUUGGUGUGAACUAUUAUUAUAAGUAAGAUAACUCAUUAGAUCUUAUGCUCUUGACUAAUAGUCAGGGGUGGAUUCAGAAAAAAGGGCAGGCAGGAAGGCAGGCUGGGCUGGAAAACUUCAUCUUGAGAGAAAACCUUCAAGACCGUAUGCAAAUACGAUUGCAUUUAAAGAAAAUACAUCACUUAAAAGGGGGGCAUGGGGCUGACCCCAAAAUCUUCAUGCACAAAUUAAAAUGAUUCUAGAGA